CGAGCUCAAGUCUGACAUAAACUGACUCGUAGUCUUAUUUUACUCUCAGUGCUACGAGCCCUAAUUUGCCGCCUGCCCUAAACCCCGCUGGCCGAAGCGCGUCAUGAUAGCCGCCGCCGCUGGCAGGUCGAUCCUCCGCUCGCCUUGCCUCAGGGGCGCUGCCUCGAGAGCCGGAUCAGUGCGGCCUUCCCUGUUUCGCUCCAUCCCAAAGCAGAGGCCUCCGUCUGCUGCCGUUCGCUUCUUCAGGUCACCCGUCGAGGCGAGCUUCUGUGUGGAAUCGAUGCUGCCGAUGCACAGUGCCACGGCUUCCGCGUUGAUGACGUCGAUGCUCACGAUUUCGCGCAGGGGUUGUGGGUGGCUGUCGGAAGAUGGAUGAGUUGUAGAUUCGGAUUUUGGAGGGGCAAUGCACGGGUGCAGAUCCUUCAUGAUUGAUUCGCUUAAGCAAUUAAUUCCCUUUAAUUUAGAUUGCUGUUGGAGAUGGAUUGCAAUACUCGUGACCAUAUUUUUCGCUUCAUUUCUUCUCGACCUUCUUGUAGCUUGACAUUAAACUGUCUAAUAAUUUACAACUUCUCAAGAUGUAGCAUUUAUGAAUUCUUGUCCGGAAUCCAUAUAAAUUGUGCUCAA